UACCAACAUGAGCAUCAUGAAACCAAAACAUGACUUGUUUCUUCUUGUGUUGUUCAUUGCAUGGGUCUGUUGCUCAUGUCAUAGUGUAACUAAUGACCCACAAAGGAUUGCUGCACCUAUAAGCCCACCACCUCCUCCGGGAACCCUGCCACCUCCACCUCCGCCUCCUCCUCUUCCACCAGUUUGCCCUGCAACUCCUCCUCCCCCACCACCCUCAACAUCUCCUCCGCCGCCGCCAGCUCGUCCAAAUUUUGAUUAUUUUUCACUAAUCUUGAGAUGGCCCAAUGGAUUUUGCAAGAUGGAAAAUGCAAAUUGCCAGCCAGCUGUGCCAAAACAACACUUCACCAUUCAUGGGCUCUGGCCAUCCAGAAAUUCUGGAGGAGACAAAACGUGUUGUCCACCACUAAAUCCCGUCACAGAUGAUAUACUUAAAGCUUUAGAAGGGGAUCUGUUGGAAUAUUGGCCAGCUUUAGAAGAUGCGUCCAGCUUUGAUAAGGGCAAGGAGUUGUGGGGAAGACAGUGGUUGAAGCAUGGAACUUGUUGUCAGGAAAAAUACAAUGCAAAAGAUUACUUUAAAAUUGCAACUCAAUCUGCUCAGAAAUAUUCUAAACUUAUUUUGGAAACGAUGAAAAAGAAAGAUAUCCUUCCUGAUGGAACGACGACAUACGAGGCAGAUAAAGUACUAAAGGCGAUUGAGGAAGCCACAACAAAAAGGCAGCCAUAACAUGCAAGAAAGACAAGUCUGGUAAACUACAACUCUUUGAGAUUCGCAUCUGUGUUACCAAAGCUGGAUCUAGUUUAGAAGAUUGCACAAAGGCAAGCUCCACUUGUACUGCUGCUCCUUUCAUCUUUGCCUCAC